AUGGACCCUCCCCAGGCCGAAAAACCUGCUGUGCCCAAAUUCUCGAGCUUCAAACCAAAGCCUCCGCCACCCGCGCCACCCAAGGAACCCAGCCCCAAUCACGACGACGAGAAACACCGCCGUCGACGAGACCACCACGAAGAUCGCGAGCGCGAUCACAAGAGCCAUCGUGAUCGCCACAGUCGCAGUCACCGUGACGACCGUGACCGCCGCCACCGCGACCGAGACCGAGAUCACCUAGGCGACGAUGUCAUAUACGUUAUCGACCGCAAAGGCGACUUGGCCAAUCUCCAGUAUGGCAGACUACACCAAUACAGUGUGCCGCCUUACUACAGAGCAGGAUACGGCUCUGUGCUAGGAUUACCAUCCUAUGCGAGGAUUGACAGGUUUUCUUCGGAUGACCGCACCAUUAUCAUUGACAUGCGCCGACGUCAUGGUGGAUCUGAGCGCCAAUUGCUGUCCAAAAGGGUCUUUGGCAAAGAGGCACCAAUUCUGCGCCUUGUCAAGCCCACUCAUUCCGAUACUACCGGUGAACUCGAUCAGAACCAGGAUUUCAUUCCUGUACGCAGCUUGAAGAGGAAGCGCGGCUCAGAAUCGCCUGAGCCAGAGGCCGAGAAGAUUGACUACAGAUCAAUUGAAGGCAAAGCCAAGCCUCCCAAUCAGCCCGAAGACUCUGAUUUAGAAAGAGUCCAAGACGAACCCAACGAUCUCCAAACCUGGCUGGAUCUGCUAAAGUCAUCGGAGCUUCAUGCCCUCGCGUCUCUCCGUUUUGAUAUCUACCAGAGAGCUUUGAAGGUUCUGAAGUCCGAGCGCCUGGUUGCUGCUCUUAUGGACGAAAGUUCCAAGAUUCACCAGAGAGAAGAACAUUUCAACCGAUGGAAGGAAACCAAUCUUGCGGAGUUUCAUUUUGAGGACUCCCAGCACCUGCGUGUCUAUGUAUUCCUCCGGCUUACAUCGCUGAUGAAACAUGCCGGCUAUCACGAGAGGGCAAUUGCGCUCUGGCAAGCAUUGCUAGAGCUUCAGCUGUUCAGACCACCUACCUUCGGGGAGGACACGCCCAAGUCAUCAAUCUUGCAAGAUUUUGAAGAGUUUUGGGAGAGCGAAUGCCCCCGCUUCGGCGAGACCGGCGCCGUCGGCUGGGCGAAUGCCAGACAAGAUGGGGUCUUCCCAGACCCGCCUGAAUCCACUAUCCAAGAUGAAGAGGUUGACAUCUCUCUGCGACGCCUGUUCGAAUCCUUUUCUCAGAAGGAGACUCACCGAAUGAAUGUCUUACAAUGGCCAGGACGGACUACAGAUGAGUUUGGAGAAGACGAUCCUUUCCAUGUUGUUCUGUACUCGGAUAUCAAGAACGAGCUCCAACUCCUGACUCGUUCAUGGUGGCUUGACCCUUUCUUGCGGAGCGAGAAGCUCAACGCUACCGUAUCCAAGCACCUCCUUCUAACAACCUCAGCUGAGCCUGAAGUUGACUCUCACUAUGAGCUCGACAACUGGAACCCGCCAGCAGAAUGUUUCCAGGUAACAACCGAUGACCUCUUUUCCAAGGGCUUCUUUUCCGGAACACGCAAUCAAGAACAACUGGAGUGGUUGAGUAGAUCCCUCAAGACCUUGGCGGGCUCAAUCUCAGACGACUCCAUUGCUGAGUACUACCUCGCUUUCGAAUGGCAUUGCAACCCGACUGGCGCCGCAAAGGCUGCGAAGGCGCUUUUGAAGAAGCAAUCAUCAAGUCUACGUCUUUACAACGCAUACGCCCUGAUUGAGAGCCGGUCCGGAAAAUCGGAAGCAGCCAACCGCGUGUUUUCCAUGGCAAUAGGUAUGAGCAAUCAGCUACCCGCUGAGGCCCGCAAGCACAUAAUCCUACUAUGGCGAUCUUGGAUAUGGGAGGCUCUCCGAACCGACGAUCUGAGGUCCGCAAGGCACCGUCUUUCCUCAAUUGGCGACGCCAAACCGGAACCAAAAGCGCGUUCUACCGAUGACGACGAUGACAAGUUCCAUCCUGCUACAGUGCUCAAGGUCCGCAACACUCUCGUCGAGGGACGUGAUCACAGCAUAUCCGUUGGCGAUACCGUGCUAGCAGUAUACUAUGCAGAAUGCCUCGCUCUCUUCACCUACAUCCAAGAAGGAAGCAACAUCGAAGCAGCUCUGAGCACAUUCCUCGAAAUGUCGUCCCUCCUACAGGCUCGCGGUCACCUGCACUCCGCCGCCAACGAGAUCGCCCACCAACUCCAGUGUCAGCUGCUCUCGUACCACUCCAAGCGCGUCAAGCUCUUCAAGCCCGUCAUCACGCGCUCGGUGGUGCACGAGAGCAUCACGCUCUUCCCCAACAACACCAAGUUCCUGGCCAUGUACGCCGCCAACGAAGCCCGCUUCCGCGUCGACGACCGCGUGCGCGCCAUCAUGCACGACGUCGUGCUGCAGCAGAACGAGCAGUCGAUCGUCGGCUGGCUCUUCGCCAUCUACUCCGAGCUCAAGCGCGGCGAGAAUCUCGGCGGCACGACGCACGCCGUGCGCGCGGCUUUCGAGAAGGCGAUUGAUAGUGAGAGCGGUAAGAAGAGUUCUGCCCUGUGGUCCUCGUACGUCCUGUACCUCGUCUCGACCGCCGACCGCGCCGCCGCUAAGCGCGUCUUCUUCCGCGGCCUGCUGCACCUGCCUUACUCGAAGGCCUACCUUAUGCUCGCCUUCGCCCACCUCGUCGACGACUUGGACUUUAAGGAGCUGCGGAGCGUGUACAACACGCUUCAGGAAAAAGAGCUGCGCGUGCAUGUUGAGAUUGAGGAAGAGAUUGAGGAUGUGCAGAGGGCGAUUGAUCGGAGGAGGCGGAGUCUGCCGGCGGCGGUGGAGAGUGAGUGA